CCCGAACGGGACAUGCGAGGAAGCAGCUUGUGUGCCCAGGGCUGAAGGCCCAGGGGCUUAUGAUUACCAUGGCUGCGGUGGAUCGUUUCUCCCUCUUGUACAGAGAGAUCGGUCGUACCUGCAGUUUUUACGUCGAAGCUCUGGCURUCGUUGGAGCUUGGUACGCAGCUAGGAAGUGUGUCAGUUUUGCCUUGAACAGCUACAGUCUCCUCAGGCUCCAUUUCCUUCCAAAGGUGGUUGGCGAGAUCGAUCUUGUCAAGCGCUAUGGAAAGUGGGCUGUAGUAACUGGUAGCACAGAUGGUAUUGGGAAAGCAUAUGCUGAAGAGCUGGCCAAGCGAGGUGUCAACAUCAUCCUCAUCAGCCGCAGCAAGGAGAAGCUGGAGGCUGUGUCUCGAAGCAUAGCUGAAACCUACAACGUGGAAACAGAUUUCAUAGUAGCUGACUUCAGCAAGGGACGCGAGGCUUAUCUCCCCAUUAAAGAGGGCCUGAAAGACAGAGAAAUAGGAAUUUUGGUGAAUAAUGUAGGACUGUUUUAUACCUACCCGGACUACUUUACCAACCUGCCUGAGGAUAUGCUGUGGGACAUGAUCAAUAUUAAUAUUGCUUCUGCUAACAUGAUGGUGCACAUUGUGCUGCCAGGCAUGUUAGAGAAGAAAAAGGGGGCCAUUGUGAAUGUGUCUUCUGCGUCUUGUUGCCAACCAACACCAAUGCUGACAGUGUAUGGAGCCUCUAAAAGCUACUUGGACUAUUUCAGCAGAGCACUAUAUUACGAGUAUUCCUCGAAAGGAAUCUUCGUCCAGAGUUUAACUCCAUUCGUAAUUGCUACAAAAAUGGUAUCGUGCAGUAGUGUUGCAUCAAAAAGAUCUUUCUUUUUUCCUUCUGCUGAAGAAUACGCAAGUCAAGCAAUUUCUACUCUUGGGCUCUCCAAAAGGACUACUGGUUACUGGAAGCAUGCAAUAAAGUUCACACUGGGUGAACAGCUACCCGAAUGGUUCUGGGCUUGGUGCGCAAAGUUUUUCUGCCGAAUUAUACGCAAAGAAGCUUUAACAAGCAAACUGAAGUAGGAAUAUCCAGAUGUUGAGAAGUGAUCUGAGUGCUGCAAGACUGUUUAGAGCAUCCUGAAUUUAGUGAAGACUACAUUCUGUUUAUUUAUUUGUGUUAAGUAGUUCCACUCUGUUGUCAUCUAGGACAAACAGCCGGUCUUGUCGAGGAUAAUCUUGGUUCACCCUUGUCUUUAAUGAAUUUGGACAAGAAUGUGUAGAGUUGUAAUUCUGAUCAUGAAUGUCUCUCGCAUAAUGCUAAAUGAUUUCAAAUUAAAUCAGCAGGAUUUGAGAAUUCGCUAAGCCUUUCAAAAACAGUCCAAAGAGAGAUCCAAAAGCAUGCUGCUUAAAAAGAACAAUCCCAAUCAACUGUUAAAUUUCUAUAACAUGGAGUUUAGUGCUUUCCUGAUCUUUAAACUGCAAAUGUUCAUAUUCUUCAACCGUACACCUUUAGACUUCUUGUUAUUUUUGUUUUUUUGAAUGGUGUUAAUUUAAGGUACGUUUCAAAAUUCAG